GCCAUUGGUUGACGACAAAAUUAAUCGGCCAAAAUUACAUCCAUCUGUUUUCUUUCAGUCUCUCACUCCCUAUCUCCAGCUCUCGUUGGAGCUUCCUUCCCUCAUUUGCAAUCGAAAUCGUAGGUUUACCACUUAAGCAAUAUUUCCUGUACAACGCGAGAAUGGCCAAGAAGGCGAUGGAGAAAGGAUUUAAGCUGAUUCUUGGUUCUCAGUCGAUGGCAAGAAAGCAGAUUCUGGCUGAAAUGGGCUAUGAUUUCACUAUUGUGACUGCAGACAUUGAUGAGAAAGCUAUUAGGAAAGAGAAGCCUGAAGAUUUGGUUGUGGCUAUUGCUGAAGCCAAAGCAAAUGAGAUUAUAUUGAAAUUGGGAGGUGAAAGUCAGUUUGCACAAGAUUGUCAACCAACUCUAUUGAUUACUUCAGACACUGUUGUUGUGUACAAAGGUGUCAUCAGAGAAAAACCAACCAGUAAAGAAGAAGCUCGCGAGUUUAUCAAAGGCUAUUCCGGGUCACAUGGGGGCGUUGUGGGAUCUGUUCUUGUGAGAAACUUGAAAACUGGAGUUAGAAGAGGAGGAUGGGACAAAGCAGAGGUUUAUUUCCAUGAGAUACCAGAACAUGUCAUCGACGAUCUUAUUGAUGAUUCAAUAACUUUCAAGGUUGCUGGAGGUUUAAUGCUUGAGCAUCCCCUCAUUUCACCUUUUAUCGAUUCCGUGGUGGGAGGCGUUGAUACAGUCAUGGGACUUCCUAAAGAACUUACUGAAAAAUUCAUUAACGAUGUUUUGUAGCUCAAGAGGCUUUUGAUUAUGUCGGAAGGAUUAGAUUAAUACUUUUGUUUAUCUAAUGAAUCAUUUAUAUUGUAAGUGGGUAAAGUUAGGAUUUUACCUACUUGUAAUCAUUUGAAAUGUGUCAAAAUUUAAGACCGCAAAAGAGCUUCUCGUAGAUAAAAAGUAGGGAAAAACCCAUUUGAUGGGUUCUCUCCUUCUGUCGGUAA